CAACACCCCGACUUCCGAAAGCUCGGGCCCUACAGCUACGACAUCGCCGUGCUCCUGCUGGCUGACCCCGGACUCAACUUCAACUUCUUGGUGAAGCCGGCGUGCUUCGCUUACGACUCGCCCCCUCCAGGCACCUGGUGCGAGGUUUCUGGUUGGGGUGCUAGUGACCCGAAAGCGCCGGACAGGCUGUCGCCGGUUUUGAGGUCGGCGGCAGUGCCGCUUCUUUCCCUGGAGACCUGUCGCAAAGAUGGGAUUUAUGGAGGAAGACAGCAACCCAUUUUGGAUUCGAUGCUAUGUGCGGGGCAUUUGCGAGGGGGAAUUGACGCUUGCGGUGGGGACUCUGGCGGGCCGUUGGUUUGUGAAAGAGAUGGCCGACAUGAACUGACAGGAAUUGUAUCUUGGGGUGAUGGAUGUGCCAAGAAAGAUAGACCAGGAGUUUAUACUAGAGUGGCAAGCUUUUUACCAUGGAUAAGAGACUGUGCGAGGCAGUUAGGGGUUGAUUAUAACUUUUAAGAGAGAUUUAGAAACUAGGUACAAGUAGCACAUUGUUACUUAUGAUUAUCAAACUAUUUUAAUUUUAAUUAUUAUGUAAAUACAGCAUUAAAUAAAGAAUAUUUUGAUGUUAA